GGUUGUCAGUGAAGGUGCGGUAAAAUAUCAUAUACAAAACUUUUAGAGAAGUAAAUAAAUAAUACAAAAGUUUAUAUUUGAAAAAUGGGCGAGACUAUGAAACAAGUAGUAGCUUCUAUGCUCAAAGGAAUUGAAAGGUACAACCCAGAAAAUUUACCUACCUUGGAGCAAUAUGUGGAGAUACAAUCAAGGGAUAACGUGUAUGAUUUAGAAGCAAAUCUUGCUGUACUUAAAAUGUACCAAUUCAAUCCCUCAAAGUUUAACUUGGAAAUUACUUGCCAAAUAUUGCUUAAAGCUUUGACAAACUUUCCACAUUCCGACUUCAUUUUAUGCAAAUGUUUACUAUUGGAAUCACAGACUCAACAAGAGACAAUCUCACAAAUUAUGUAUCUAGGAGAUAUUUUAGAACAAUGUGAUUUUGCAACAUUUUGGGCUCGUGUACAUGCAAUGCCUGAAUUAUGUUCUCGCAUUCAGGGAUUUAAUGAUUCCAUCCGGAAAUUCGUUUGUCAUGUUGUAGGAAUUACUUUCCAAACAAUCGAUCAAACCAAUCUUGCUAAUUUGCUUGGUGGUGUUGAUAAUGCAACGUUGAACAUGUGGAUCAAGAAGUAUGGCUGGAAGAAAGUAGAAAACAACUUAAUAUUCAUUGCUAAUCAAGAUGAAAAUAUCAAAACUAAAAAUAUUACUGAAACUAUUGAUUUUGAAAAUUUAGCUCCUCUUAUGGCUGCUUGCUUAUAAUUUAAUUUAAAUUUUUUAUCAAAAAUUGUAUUUCU